UGGUUGGCAGGGCUACCCGGAAUUGGUUGCUAGACUAGGGCGCGAAGCGGCCUUCAGAUUUAGUCUCAGGUGCGCGGAAGUGAAGCGACUGGGCGAUGGAGGUGAGCAAGGCGGCGGCCGGUCCUGACGGUGUCCGGGAGCGGAGAAGGAACCAAGAUGAGCCACCUCAGUCCGGGAUGAACGGGCGUCCGAAACACUCCUACUGGCUGGAUCUCUGGCUCUUCAUCCUUUUCGACCUGGUGUUGUUCAUCUUCGUGUACCUCUUGCCCUGAUUGGUUUGCUGAGAGUCAAGAAUGGGACUUCUGGAGCGAAUCCUGAAAACUACUAUAGACUUCUGGAAUGAAGAGGACUUCCAGCAGCUAAAUUCCAGACCUCUAACCUUUCCUUCAGCCCUUGGCCUUCCUAAAGUAGUAGCAUAUGUUUAAAUCCUGGUUUUUUUUUUUAAUGGUUUGAAUUACUGAUUGUAGCUAAAUGAUAUAUAAUAUAUAUUUUUAAUAACGCCUGUAACUUAAGUACCUAAGAGAAAUUUAUGUGGUAUUUAUUCAUCCAACAGGUAUUGGGCCCCUUACUAUAUUACCCAGACAUCAGUUUGGACACAACAGUGAACAUCAGCAAAAAAAAAGAUCUUUGUGAAGCUUACUUUCUCAAAUAUUGUUUUAAAACUAUGCUAUUAUAGUUAUCUAGGGUUGAAUAGCAUUUACUCAGAAAGGCCACAGUCCCAAAGCAGCUACUAGAAAUAUUUUGGGAGCUGUUCCUUUUCAUCUUAAGAUCUGGGUAAUUAGAAUUGUUUUACUGUUGGUUUUAGUGCUAUUCAGUAUAUGAGAACUGCCUAAAAUACUCACACGGGGUAUUACAAUUCACAAUUAUAAUUCACAAUAUUUGGCACACUGUUAACAGUUGUCUUAAGAUACUGUUGCAUUUGCUUGGAUAAUGUUUUUGUGCAAGGUGUUAACUGAAGUAUGUGUAUUAGCACACAGGGCUGGGGUGACACUGAGUUUAUCACACUCUGGGACCCGAAUCGUACUGCUUACUAACUUUCUCUAAUAAAUGUUUAAUCACGGAA